AUCUGGCCGAGUGGUCUAAGGCGCUGUGUUCAGGAGACGUUCAUUCGUAUCUUUCGCAGUCUCGUAAGAGGCCUGGGUUCGAGUCCCAGGGUGUGUAAAUGCUUAAAUUUUUUGUUUCUUUUGCUAUCUUUUGUGGGCCUGUUGCUCACAUUCUUUUCCAACACAUCGUUGAUAGAGAGCACUCAACCAACCGCCUUGCCCUGGUGUGUGAAAGAAUGAUUUUGUCAAUCACACAGAUGGAGGUGUGCUACAAUCCGACAGCAUGUACCCGACUGAGAGACUUGGAGACCGGUGAAAUCAUUGUGAUGCACAGCGAUAGUGGUGGUUCAAAGGUUAAUGGAUUUCGAAACGGUCCUUUGAAGAUGCUAACACAGCCUAACAAGCCGCACUACAUUUACGAACUGCUGAUCAAAAAUGAACGCAGAAGUUCUGCAACUGGUCGUGACGUGAACAGGUGCCUACGAUAUCGCAUGAUCAUGCCAACGACUACAUAGACCAUCGCGUGCUCGUGUCCUGCCUGAUCAGCAUCUAUCUCAUCGAGCUACCCUGCGCCCGCCAGCUGCUUUCGGUCCGUUGGCAGCCUCGCGCACACAAAAGGCUCUCCUGCUCUUCUACAUCUUGUCGCUCAAGAGCAGGAGGCUUUUGGCAGACCCGUCGCAACCACCACGAGACUCCAUCGGGCGCUCGGGAUUGGUAUCUGACGUCCUAGACUGUG